AUGGAAAGUUAUACUUUUUGGUAUCAUCAUGGUGAAAGGGUUGCUGAAUCUGGGACAGAUGAAGGAGAAUCAGAAGAUGUUGAAAGUGGUGAGGAAAUUAAAGAAAUCAUAAGAGACUUAUAUCCUAGUAUAAAUGAAAGUGAAUUUGACAAAGAUACCUCGAAUUAUGAAAUGCGCGGAGAGAAUCCUAAUCUAGAAGCAGAGAAAUUCUAUAGGCUCUUAAAAGAUUUAGACGAAGAGGUAUAUCCUGGUUGCAAGACCUCAAAGUUAGCUGCAGUUAUCAAACUAUUACACAUUAAGAGUCUUGGUCAGUGGACUAAUAGAUCAUUUGAUAUGUUACUAGAAUGGCUUUUUGAGAUACUCCCAAAUGGAUGUACUUUGCCAAAAUCAUAUUAUGAGGCAAAGCAGAUUGUGAAGGAUUUAGGUCUCUCUGAUAAGAAAAUGGAUGCCUGUAUAAAUAAUUGCAUGCUCUAUUGGAAAGAAGAAGAAAAUUCUGAUUUGUGCAAUAUUUGUGGCAGUUCUAGAUGGAAGGAAAAUAAUAAUGAUGGAGAAGUUAAAGUGAAAAGUAAUGGUAAGAAAGUACCCAGAAAAAUACUACGUUAUUUUCCUCUGAAGCCUAGGCUUCAGAGGUUGUUCAUGUCUAAAAAGACGACUUCUUUAAUGAGAUGGCAUCAUGGUAGAAAGGAUGAUGGAGUAAUGAGGCAUCCUACCGAUUCUAUAGAAUGGAAAUCAUUUAAUGAGCUUCAUAAAGAAUUUUCAUCUGAGCCUCGUAAUGUAAGAUUAGGUCUCUCUAGUGAUGGGUUCCAGCCGUUUAGUCACUCUAAAACUCCGUACAGUAUAUGGCCAGUAAUUCUAAUUCCUUACAAUUUUCCCCCACAGAUGUGCAUGAAAGAAUCUAAUUUUAUUCUUUCAAUGAUCAUACAAGGCCCCGAGAGUCCUGGAGAUACAAUUGAUGUUUAUCUCAAACCUUUAAUAGAAGAGUUGAAGGAACUUUGGGAAGUCGGUGUGGAGACUUUUGAUGCCUCAACUCGUCAAAAUUUUAGAUUGCAUGCAUCUUUGUUGUGGACGAUCAACGAUUUUCCGGCAUAUGCAAAUUUGUCUGGCUGGAGUACAAAGGGUAAGCUAGCUUGUCCUUGUUGUAAUAAAGAAACUAGUUCAUUGCGGUUAACUAAUUGCAAGAAGAAAUGUUACAUGGGUCAUCGUCGUUAUCUUCCACAUAACCACAAAUGGAGAAAUGAUAGAAGUAACUUUGAUGGAGAGAAGGAGUUGAGAUCACCACCAAAAUUAGUCACUGGUUUUGAUGUCCUCGAUCAAGUCAAAGAUCUUACAGAAUUGGCUUUGACUAAGGACAUUAAUAAAAAAGUGAAAAUAUCACAUGACAAAAGGGGUGAUAAUUGGAAUAAGUGGAGUAUAUUUUUUGAACUUCCUUAUUGGAGUAGCCUUCUAUUGCGCCAUAAUUUAGAUGUAAUGCACAUUGAAAAGAAUAUAUGUGAGAAUGUGCUAGGAACAAUUAUGAGUGUGAAGGGAAUGAGUAAGGACACAUUUCAAGCUCGACUUGAUUUGAAUUGA